CGAAGGAGGUGAAGUGUUGGCUUGCACUACAGCCGCAUUACGUGUGCGAUGCGCGGAGUGUGAGGGCGGACAAGACCAAAAAAAGGGGAGCCACCGGACGCACCAAUGGACAAGAAGAAUAUUUAAGCACCUGCCCCUGGGAGCGCACAGACACCGCAGUCCAUGCCUCUGCCUUGCCGGGUCCUUGAUGGGAAACCAACUGGACCGGAUCACCCACCUCAACUACAGCGAGCUGCCCACCGGGGAUCCGUCCGGGCUGGAGAAGGACGAGCUUCGCGUCGGCGUCGCCUACUUCUUCUCCGACGAGGAGGAGGAGGCGGUGGACGAGCGCACGCCGUCCGACUGCGGCUUCGGCAAGGACCACAGCCCGGUGGAGGAGCAGGAGGAGGAGGCGGAGGGCGGCGGACCGUUCACGGUGAGCGAAGUGGAGUACUCGGCGUUCUGCGCGCAGGAGUGCAUCUUCUCCAAACUCCGCGGGAACGAGGACCUGGACGUGUACGCGGCGCCAACUUUGCUGGCCAUGUGCAAGCCGGGCGACGUGCUGGAGCUGCUGUCCGCCGCGCAGCCCCCGCACUGGGCCGUGUGCGAGCACGACGGCCGGGUCAUCCACCUGCACAAGGGCGAGAUCCGUAGGGACGGCCUGCUCGACGUGUGCGGCGGCCGCCACGGCCGGAUAGCCAACAGCCGCUACCGGUACCGGCCGCUCCCCGCCGACCUGGUGGUGCAGAACGCCGCGGGCCACGUCGGGCUGCGCAGCGAGGAGACGUGCUGGACCAACUCGGAAAGUUUCGCCGCCUGGUGCCGCUUCGGCAAGAGGGAGUUCAAGGCCGGCGGGGAGGCGCACUCGGCCGAGCAGCAGUACUUCCUCAAGGUGCACCUGUCGGGCAGCGGCGUGCACACGCUCGUCUUUCGCAGCCUGGAGGACAUGAUCCGGGAGAGGCGGCGAGUGGACGCCAGUGGAAUCCUCAAAGAGCUCUCCUUGGUCAACGUGGGCAAGGAGUGAUAAUAUCACGCCGCCUCCUCCCUGAAGCACAACGACCUGUUGUAUGCUCCGGACCCUCAGUGGUGCGUUCAAAGACCACUUACCCUGUGCCGUGGUGGAAUCUCCCAUAAACAGAAGGUGGAUUCAUGUAAACAAGACAACGCCCCUUCCCAACACCCCCACUCUUAUUUCCUCAUGGCUUCAUUUCUGCUGGGUGGAAUUUGGGAGAUUCUCUGCAGGAAGGUUCUAUUUUUUUACUGUUAGCUUUAAGAGUUCUGACUGAUGGUAACAUCGCUGCCUAAAUAACACAAAAGAAGAAGCUAUCCGCCAUAAAACGACAGUAUUGUAAUCUCACAGCCAUGCUGCUGUGUUAAAAAAAAAAAAAAAAAAAGUAUUCCUACAUCGAGUCCCUUUAUUUUUGUAUUUACGUUUUGAGUGGUUAUGAAAUUGAUUGCUUGUUUUUGCUCCUGGCUCAAAUAAAUGGAAGUUGAAAUAUGAAAAACGGCUGGGUGCAGCAGGUGUUAUUUGGGUGGCUGAAUAGGUGGUGCACACACGUGACCCCUCUGGUUAUAUACGGUAUAUGUGAAUUAUUGAUGCUCUCCUGACCUGCCCGGGGCCCAGUCGGCUUCAUAUAUCUGCACGUAUUUGAAAGGCCAGGAAAUGGCCAUCUGCAUCAAAGCCACAGAGGCUUCAUGAAAAAUCCAUAUACAAUUUAGGUGCCGCACAGGAAGACACAUGCAUGCUUGUUUCUGUUAGUCGUCUGCAUUGUGAGCACAAUGUGAUGUUAUUGCACAAUGUGCUAAUCACUUCAGCUUAAUUGAGGAUGCCCUGGUCCUGUCUGUUUUUGACUACGAUUUUUGCUACAGAUAAAGCUCAAGGUAGCGUUUGUUCCGGUGUUUACAUAUGCGGGCGGUGGGGCCUGGAGUGGUUUGGCUGCAGCCAACUGGCAGACAAAGAGCUCUCAGUGUGGGAGAGCGUUUGGCUGCCUUUUUGCGUCUGCUGUUGUGGUGUGCCGGAAUGUGUAGGUGAGUCAAUCCCAAGGUCCCUCUGAUGAUUGUGUUUGUCUUUCGCUAUUUACAUGUCUUGGAUUUUGGACUGAAAAUAUUUUGCUGUAAAACAAGCAACUCCGAUUCUUGCUUUUAAAUGUUGGGUUUGUGCUUGGUUUGGCUCUAAUACCUUUUUAUAGCAUUUGUGCAAAAACACCAAGUGAUGCUUUUGUGACAUCCUCGGUUUGUAACUGAAAAUGGCUAAAAAUGGAUCCUAAAUGUUUUCUUAAGCGCUUUAUAGGCAGAAUAGAGCGACUCCCAUAGGCUCCAUUGGAAGCGGACUUUUGAUCGCAUUUUUCUUCUAUUUAGAAUGCAUAAAAAAGAAAAACGUACGUCUUCUUUUCCUACAUAAGGAUUGUGAGUGAUUGGCAACAGUCCCAAAAAAAAGUGCAGUUCCCAUUUAAGAUGACAGACACCUGCAAAAAAACAUUGGAUCCUGAAAACCCAAAUGUGCAAAAACUGGUCUCAAAGAGGAAAUACAGUCGUCCCCCGUUUAUCGCGAUCAAUUGGAGCGGACAUGAGCGAUAAAUGAAGUGAAUUAUAUUUAUAUAGCGCUUUUUUCUAGUGACUCAAAGGGCUUUACAUAGUGAAACCCAAUAUCUAAGUUACAUUUAAACAAGUGUGGGUGGCACUGGGAGCAGGUUGGUAAAGUGUCUUGCCCAAGGACACAACGGCAGUGACUAGGAUGGCGGAAGCGGGAAUCGAACCUGGAACCUUCAAGUUGCUGGCACGGCCACUCUACCAACCGAGCUAUGUCGCCCCAAUCAUCAUUUUCUGCGAGAAUUAUUAAUAAAUCCAAUAUUUUUUAAAAACAGAGAAAACUGUUUGACAUUCUUAAUAAAAAAAAUGUAUAUAUAAAAAACAUUAUUAGAACCCUUUAUAAAUGAAAAUACACCCAUAUGGGCCGUGUUCACACUGCAGGUCAAUUCCGAUUCCAUUUUUGAUUUGUUCAUGUCGGUGUAAACAGUGCAAUUCCAAAUUUUUCAGGCCUCUUUCGUAUGUGAAAAUAAAUGGGAUAUAUAUGCGAUGCAUCCUCAAUGUGAACACUCCCACGCUCAGAUCGCAUUUAUCCGACCAGAACAUCAAUAUGUGUCGUAAUUAUUCGCCAAAAUAGACGCUUACAGAAUAAAUAGUUGACAACGGUUGACAACCAGAAAAGAGGUAAAAAUAAAAUGUUUUAGGAACUCAAGUGAAAUACUUGUCAUUUUCCGUCCUAAUCUUCUACACGCAAAAAGUUGGGUUGUGGUGUGCCGGAAUGUGUAGGUGAGUCAAUCCCAA